GCUUGUGAUGCUAGCGGAGAUACUUUAUUCGAAGGUACAGCUAGCUGCUUAUGUGCGAUAGUCAGGCUUUCGGCCGGUGUGGUCCUUUGUACUAGACGGUCAUGGACGGUUUUACGCACUCAGGGAAGGCACUAUGGCCUAUUCCUCCGUCGCUCUCAGCCCUCAAUUCACUCGGGAGCGUACUUCCCAUGCCCUAACUUGUACAGUACUCGAAUAACCGCACUCCCUCACAUCCACACGUAAAGCCUCAACAAAUGGCUUCGGCGGGGAUUGAUCGGGUUUAAAGAGAGCCUUAGGGUUGCAAUCCACAGCUCAGCCAUGGUCUACGGUCAAAACUCGUUCUUCCCCCGCGAACUCCUCACCCCAACGACGCUCGAUGACUGGACUCGGGAGGCCAACUUCCAGCGGGCGCACCUCAUCCGGGACGAUGAAGCCCUUGACUGGGCUAUGAAGAAUUGCGAGGAUAAUCAGCUCCCCGACAUUAAUGUAGAACCUGCGCAAGGGAAGUUCAUGAGCCUGCUGUGUCAGGUGGUGGGCGUCAAGAGAGUUGUCGAAGUCGGGACUCUCGGAGGAUACUCUACCAUUUGGCUGGGCCGCGGCGUCCCCGAGGACGGUAAAGUCAUCACUAUGGAGAUCAGCCCGAAAUAUGCCGAGGUUGCGCGACAAAACAUCGAACAUGCCGGUCUCUCGCACAAGGUGGACGUCCUCACAGGCGCGGCCGCUGACGUGCUCCCGACGAUUGGCCCCGACCACUCCUUCGACCUCAUCUUCGUCGACGCUGACAAGAAGAACAACCCCACCUACUACCGAGAAGCCAAGCGUCUGGUGAAGAAGGGCGGCAUUAUUAUCGUGGACAACGUCGUGCGGAAUGCUCGAACAAGUAACAUGUCCGUUCAGGGCGCUCCCGACAUUGACGGUGUACGCGCACUCCUGAAGAUCGUGAAGGAUGACAAAGAGGUAGAUGCGACCACACUCGGGACGGUUGGGGAGAAGGGCUAUGAUGGUUUCAUGUUCUGCCGGGUUCUCCCAUAG